AUGAGCGGAGACCAGAGUACACGGGAAUCGCUCCAGGAGGACGAAUUUGUCGACUCCGUUUUCCGGUCGCUGACGGAGCGCACCAUGGAGGAGCCGGCUCCGCUCGAACGCAUGACCUCCCAGAUACAACAAUACUACGACAGCCUGCUCAACAACGCCGACUGGAACGUGGCAAACCUGCAAGUGCGGCCGGGGCAGCCGACGUUUUUGAUCUGGUUCGUGUUUUCGUCGUACUUCCCGCUGAUUUGCGGCUGUAUCGGCCCGCUGUCGAACCUGCUUUCGGUAGCAUCCGUGAUUUGCAAGUGGAAACAGGACAAGGUCACGGGCAAGCCGGCGGGCGCCGACGAGAGCUGGUGCUACACGGUGAACUCGAUCUCGAUGGUGUGCGGGGUGGUGGCGAAUAUUUGUCUCUUGCUGAACUACCGAAGAAAAAUGAGCUACCGCUAUGCUCAAAUAGUUUCCGUGACCGGCUGGUUUGUGGCCAGCAUGAUGCUGAUGCUCCUGGUAGCCAUCUACCAUGUGGAGUUUCUGCGCCACGAGCACUAUAUCAGGUAUUCUUAUUCUUACGGGUUCUGGUUUGCGGUGUUCACGGUGGUCCUUCAUUUUGCCAACUUUCUGCUGCUCAGUCUCAACACCCUCGGCGUGCUGCUGAAGAAGUACCCGCCGGAUUUCAACAUUGAUGGCGUGCAGAACACGCUCAUCUUGCAGAGCAUGUUCUUCGUGUCCUGGAUAAUGUGGGGGGCCGGCAUGUUCACAGCUCUGCUGCACGUGUCGUACGGCGAGGCCCUGUACUUUUCGAUAACGACGAUUCUCACCAUCGGGCUCGGCGACUUUGUUCCGCAAUACAGCGGCGCACAAACACUCACUCUGCUCUGGUGUAUCGUGGGGCUGGUGGUGUUCGGGCUCAUAAUCUCGACCAUUAGGGAACUGGUCAUGUUCUCGUCUGCCUCUACGUUCUACUGGCACCGUUUGCAGAGGUUCCGCGGCGACGAGCUGAAAAAUGCACCGUCAAAUCUGUCGAACCAGGAAAGUUUCAACCGCAUGAAAAAGGCCAGCAGAAAAGCAAUGUGGCAUGAACACAUCUUCAGCGCGCUAACAAUCCUCAGCGCGUGGCUGUUGUUCUGGCUCCUGGGGGCUUUGCUGUUCUCCGUCUACGAAGGCUGGACGUACCAUCUCAGCUGCUACUUUGCGUUCUUGUGUUUUGUCACGAUCGGGUAUGGUGUUCCGGCCCCCACCACGAGUGGCGGCCGUUCAUUUUUCUGUGUGUGGGCAAUUUUGGCGAUCCCGGUUAUGACCAUCCUGGUUAUGAACAUGAGUGAUUUCAUUUUCAGCUCGCUCGAGACAAUACAGAACCUUAAUAUUCUGCGCAAGAGAAGCUCCUCCCAUUCAGACGACUCGGACUCCGAGGAGGUGAUCCUCCACCACCUGCUAGACCCGAAAAAAGCGUCUAAUCUCGACAUUGUCACCACUAAGGAGUACCUGUCUGCCUCCUCAAUCGCGACCGAGCUGGCUAAUUAUAAUAACCCCAGUUAUCAACAGCCCGACCACUGCCACCUAGCUGCGCUGCGCAAAGAACCAAAUACUGCCUCGCAAGAGUCACUUAAACCUCGUCUCCUCAAGCAAAAUGAUCCGCUCCUAUCCAAAAUGAGCCAACUACAACAAAUAAUCAUCGAACUGCGCAAAUCCACCCUUUUGACCAACAUAAAGCCCGGCUUCAAGUAUUCGUUCCAGGAAUGGAACAAGUUUCUGUCUCUGACCGACCUCGACACGAGCUCCGAGUUCUGGCUGGGCGAAAAGUCGCCGUUCGGGUUCCCCAACGACGAGCCGCUCUAUUUCACAUACCAUUUUCUCCAUGCCCUCGACCGCAAAUUGCACGAGCUGGCGUUGCAAUAUGACCAAAUGAACUAA